AGCAGGACCGUCUCAUUUAAAGCAAGCCAUUUUCAUUCAAGUUCACGCUCCUUGCCGACUCUCCUCGAUUAACUUUGACCUUUUGCAAAAGCAGGCGAGAGAGGACGCAGGAGGCGGGCAAAUCUAAUUGAUAAAAGGCCAAUAUGACAGACAAAACAGACCGAAUGUGCUAGCCUGACGACUCAAACUGAACUAUUCUGCUGCUCUGUGUUCGCUAAAUAGUUUUUUCCUCGUCCGUGGGCGUGGCGUUUGGCCGGAGUGAGGAGUCUGGGUAGCCAGGCAACAAAUGUGCAGUAUUCAUGCAUCGGAUUUGAUACAGCGGCGUGCAGCUCGGUUAACGGGAGGAGAAAACGGACAGUACCUUUCCCGAAAACAAUGAAGACGGGCACAUUUCCUAGGGUCCCGUUCUAUCCUAGAAGACACAUGGACUAAAAGAAAUAGGGGCACCAGGCGAGGCCCUCUGGCUGUCCUCUCAGCUGAGACCUGACUGCUGUUUGGAGCCGGCCUGGUGUUCGUAUAGGUGUGUGUGUAAGGAGAUGAAGUCCAGUAUGCGUCAGUGGCGGAGGCUGGUGUUUGUGGGCAUGUUGGCAUGGGCCCUCCUCUUCCUGGUUCUGCUAUCCUACUUCCUAGAUGCCCGCGUGGACAACGAGGCCCUGACCUCCGCCGGCUCCUCGCUCUCCCAGCAUCCCGACACGCGGCGCUUGUCCUCCAUCCAAGCCGCCUCCCACCAGCAGCACCACUCCGUCAUGGGCUCCCGACCCGAACCCACCUACACCACCUUUACCACCAUCUACCCAGACCCUAACUCUAACCACUACCCAGACUCCGAAGCAGAGCCUAGCCCCACUUCCACCACCUCAGAGCCUGGCCUGGAGCUGAGCCAGAGCUCAGACAGCGGUCCCUACGGGACCAGCCAGGAGGGUGUGGGGGGCAGCCGACAGCAGCAGGACUACCUGGACCCCCAGACCCUGGCUGCAUGGUCCUCCUUUGGCACAGAGAACGUGGGUUCCCACUCCGACCAGGCGGUGACCCGCAGCCGUGAGAGAACCGCCUGGACCCCCUCCGAUGCUGAGUGGGGGCCCAACCGAACCAAGCGCAGAUCCUCAAGUGAGGAUGAAGAGGGGGAGGAUGAGGGGUUUCAGACGAAUAACAGCCACAGGAGGAGGACCACAGUGUGGGGGCGUAGGGGGAAGAGAGAUGGGUGGGGAAAAGAGGAGGAUUUAGAGGAGUACUACUUCUCCAAGUCGGCCUCGGUUGUGCAGCGACUUUGGCGGGGAAGUGUUUCCUCUGGAAUGCUGUCCCCGCGGCUGCAGCGCGCUAUGCGUGACUACUUGAGUGCCAACAAACACCACGUGACCUAUAAAGGACGCAGACGGGCCGCCCAGAGCUCCAGGGAACUGCUGUGUGAGCUGAAGGAUCAGGCCAGGCUGAGAACACUGGACGGGUCCGAGCAGCCCUUCUCCUCGCUGGGCUGGGCCCAUCUGGUGCCACGCCUGGCCCUGGAGCAGCUCUACAGACAGGGGGGCCAGAGGGGCUUCAGGAGCUGUGCUGUGGUGACCUCUGCUGGGGCUAUUCUGCACUCAGGCCUGGGGAAGGAGAUCGAUUCCCAUGAUGCAGUUCUGCGGUUCAACGCUGCGCCUACAGAGGGCUACGUGAGAGAUGUGGGGAACAAGACCACCAUCCGCAUCAUCAACUCACAGAUCCUGGCCAAUCCCAAGAACCACUUCAACACCAGCUCCCUGUAUAAGAAGGUGACUCUGGUGGCCUGGGACCCUGCUCCGUACGCUGUCAAUUUGCACAAGUGGUAUGCCAGUCCAGACUAUAACCUGUUCAGUCCAUAUGUGGAGCACCGGAGGCUCCACCCCACCCAGCCCUUCUACGUCCUCCACCCCAAAUAUGUGUGGCAGCUCUGGGACGUCAUCCAGGGCAACACCCAGGAGACCAUCCAGCCCAACCCACCCUCCUCAGGGUUCAUAGGCAUCCUUCUGAUGAUGGCGCUGUGCGAAGAGGUCCACGUGUACGAGUACAUCCCCUCGCUGCGACAGUCAGACCUGUGCCACUACCACGAGGGCUACUACGACGCAGCCUGCACCCUGGGGGCGUACCACCCACUGCUUUACGAGAAGAGCCUGGUGCAGCGCAUCAACACAGGCCCCGAGCGAGACCUGAAGAGGAAGGGCCGCGUCACCCUCCCUGGCUUCAGCACUGUCAACUGUGACCUCUGAACUAUCAACUUAUGAACUCUGACCCUUAAAAGAAGCCACAUGUGGAACCACCACAACCCCACAGGACAAAGGGGAAAUGGUGCAAUAAUAACCCUCUGACCUCUGGGGGAACCACGUAGAACAGUGGAGAACCCAAGCCAUAGCCCGCUGUGUGGGAUGGGAUCAAACCGGAGGGUGAAGGUCUAGUGUAACUACAUUUAUGUCAGGACUUUUGAACAGAACCCAGACGGGGUGAAACCCAGCCUUCCUUAGAGGAUAAUGGUCAAGACGGCCUGAAGUGACUGUAUCUCCCGAUCUCUGCCAUUGCUGAGCCGGAAGAGAGGAGAGCUGUAUAGUGUAGCAAUAGAUUAGUGUUAUUAGAUGUUUUUUUAUAUACAGUACCAGUCAAAAGUUGGACUCAACUCCUGUAAUGAGUAGUUUUCUUUAUUUGUACUAUUUUCCACAUUGUAUAAUAAUAGUGAAGACAUCAAAACUAUGAAAUAACACACGGAAUCAUGUAGUAACCAAAAAAGUGUAUAUUUUAUAUUUGAGAUUCUUCAAAAUAACUAAUUUGCCUUGAUGACAGCUUUGCAUUCUCUCAACCAGCAUCAUGUGGUAGUCACCUGGAAUGCAUUUCAAUUAACAGGUGUGCCUUGUCAAAAGUUAAUUAGUGGAAUUUCUUUCCUCCUUAAUGUGUUGUGAAAAGGUAGGGGUGGUAUACAGAAGAUAGCCCUAUUUGGUAAAAGACCAAGUCCAUAUUAUGGCAAGAACAGCUCAAAUAAGCAAAGACAAACGACAGUCCAUCAAUACUUUAAGACAUGGAGGUCAGUCAAUCCGUAAAAUUUCAAGGACUUUGAAAGUUUCUUCAAGUGCAGUCGCAAAAACCAUCAAGUGCUAUGAUGAAGUUGGCUCUCAUGAGAACUGCCACACGAAAGGAAGACCCAGAGUUACAUCUGCUGCAGAGGAGAAGUUCAUUAGCCUCAGAAAUUGGAGCUUCAGAGUUCAAUUAACAGACAAAACUCUACAUCAAAUGUUCAGAGGAGACUGUGUGAAUCAGGUCUUCAUGGAUGAAGAAACCACUACUAAAGGACACCAAUAAGAAGAGACUUGCUUGGGCCAAGAAACACGAGCAAUGGACAUUAGACUGGUGGAAAUCUGUCAGUCCAAAUGUGCGAUUUUUGGUUCCAACCACUGUCUUUGUGAGACGCGGAGUAGGUGAACUGAUGAUCUCCGCAUGUGUGGUUCCCACCGUGAAGCAUGGAGGAGGAGGUGUGAUGGUGUGGGGGUGCUUUGCUGGUGACACUGUCUGUGAUUUAUUUAGAAUUCUAGGCACACUUAACCAGCAUGGCUACCACAGCAUUCUGCAGCAAUACACCAUCCCAUCUGACUUGUGCUUAGUGGGACUAAUCAUUUGUUUUUCAACAGGACAAUGACAUAACUCACCUCCAGGCUGUGUAAGGGCUAUUUGACCAAGAAGGGGAGUGAUGGAGUUCUGCAUCAGAAGACCUGGCCUCCACAAUCAGAUGACCUGGCCUCCACAAUCACCCGACCUCAACCCAAUUGAGAUGGUUUGGGAUGUAUUGGACCUCAGAGUGAAGAAAAAGCAGCCAACAAGAGCUCAGCAUAUAUGGGAAUUCCUUCAAAACCACUACUAUUUCCAGGUGACUACCCCAUGAAGCUGGUUGAGAGAAUACCGACAGUGUGCGAAGCUGACAUUAAGACAAAGGGUGGCUACUUUGACUCUCAAAUAUAAAAUAUAUUUGGAUUUGUUUCACACUUUUUUUGGUUACUACAUGAUUCCAUAUGUGUUAUUUCGUAGUUUUGAUGUUUUUACUAUUAUUCUACAAUGUAGAAAAUGGUUAUUAUAAAGAAAAACCCUUGAAUGAGUAUGUGGCCAAACUUUUUAACUGGUACUGUAUAACUGAAUGUGUUUAAGUGUUGUUUUUCUAGGGCUCUGGUUGCUCUUCUUCCUUAAAAUGACUUAAAGGACAGUCCACAGUUUUUUAAUGAUGGAUGUUUUUUUUUUAAGGCUCUCAUGGGGUGGUAAAUUAAUCUUUGAGAAAAUGAGCAGUGGUCUGCACUGAAUGUCUGAACACGUCCAUACCAAACACACACUUCUGAACAUGUACAAACUCGGCAUACACCAGCCACACACUCCUGACAACCCGUAACAAAAGCUUGAACUUUAAUUCAAAAUGUACCUCAGUACCACUUCAAUGACAAUUCAAGUGCUCGUACAUACAGGUACAUGUAUCUCAAUACAGACAUGCUGGAACUACACCAAACACUCAUCACCUCAGUAUUACCUCAUCAAGAUGGUACAUUGUGUUUAAAAAAAAAAUCUACAACAGUCACAUUUUUCUGUGUUCAACAUUCCUUAAAUGUCCUCUAGUCCUAUUUCAAAGUCUUAUUUGAUGGUGUUAUUGUCAUCAGGGUUUUGAUUGCUGUUGAUGCUGCUGCGGUGCUUUAUGCUCAAUCACUCUUUGCUCUUCUUUUCUCAUCUCCCAAGCUGUACCGGACCACUUGCCAACUCAUAAAGAGGUUGUCAUACUCCCACUUAGGUCUUUAAGACUGGCUGACUGGUUGCCACUUCAAGGGCAUGCACAGUUCUGUGUCUGGCGGAUAGUUAGGUACCAAACCCAGGAAAACCCUUUGGUUACCCGUUCUUUGGCCUCAUCCAGUACAAUGAUGUCCUUUUUAAGAUUUGUGAACACCAAAGGAUGCAGGGCUAGGCUAGCGGAUAGGAGUUAGGGGGUAAGAGAGGACUCGCAAAGCAUUCUUUCAACAGCUGUAACCCUGUGCCUAGUAGCCGAGCGGACACUGGGUUGCCUUUCAAAACACCCAAAGACUGACCUUACACAUACUGUAUGCUAUCCAUGUAACUGCAGUGUCAUUGUUGUGGUUUUUAUUGCUGAUUUAAUUGUUUAAUAGUUAAGAUUUAAAGAAAGUUGUUAGUCACCUGAUAGUGUUGCUCAAACCGUCCAGUGUUCUGUUAGUGGCGGGCUGGGGUAGGAGAGGUCACUAGUCAAACUCCCUUACUUUCCAGUGUCCACCCCAUGCCAAAAGGGAAUUGAACCAACACCCUCUGACGUCUCUUUAAAAGCAUCUGUAAUUACUAGGAUGAUUGACCUGCCUCUUUAAAUGAAUGUAAUCGCACCACACCUCCCACUGUCAAAGCCAAACCUCUCCCUAGGACAGUUAUAUCUACGAGCACACUACAGAUGUAGGAUCUUAAUUUGAUCCAGUUUGCUACAGCAGGAAAAUAAUCCUGCACAACGGGAAAUGUGAAUUUAUUAUGUGGAUUAUAAUACAUUGACUUUUUGUAGGGGUUGACAUGUCAAAGUGAAAACUACAAACUUCAAGCUUUUUUUAAACCUCAAAUACGCUACAAGUUUUAAAUGUCCUGCAUUUAAAGACAGUUCUCCUUCAACAGGGUGAUCAAAUUAAGAUCCUACAUAUGUGCCAUAGAUGGUCAAGGGAUUCAGUCCGCAGGGUUCGGUAGCUGGACUGCCUCCCAGGCACUUCAUGCUGAUAUGGUUUGUGGCAUUCAGCAGAGCAUGGUCUAGUACCAUUCCCUAUGUCUUUACCAUUCUCAUUUUGACUGAAUCCUCCAAUAUUGUUCUGAAAGUACUCUUUUGCCUGGGCUUGCAGCAGGCUGCCACGGUGCGCUGCCAGAGACCUUUCUUAUUAUGGCAGGGAUUUGAAGAAGUAACAUCUCUAGACUCAUUCUUUGUCCGGCUUUAAUGUCUUCCUUGUUUACACUGACUCUGUGCCAGACCUGCCUGCAGUGCGUUUCAGCUAGCUGUCGUGUGUGUGUGUAGGAGAGGAGGAUAACUCAGAGAUCCUAUAAAUCAUCCUAUAUUGCUCUAUAUUCUAUGGGAUCACUAUCUGGCCAUGCUAGAAUGGACAGCGGGGGCUGUUCUUUCCAACCACAAAUCCGCUUACAACUACUAAGCUUCACCUUUAUCCCAAGCUGAGCCUCCUAUAAGACCAAACAGAUCAUGCACUUGUUGUCAAACAGAUAUGCCAUUAUGGCCACUGUAGUCCUUUCUGUAAUGGCCAGAUGGUGACCAUUCCCUGGGUAGGGACAACUGGGAGGGGUUGACAUUGGCAGCCAUAGUGACAUAAUUCAAAGAAGAGAUUUGUGUGUGCGUGUUUUGUUUGUUUGUUUUGCGUUGUGAUAUUCAGGAACGUGUUGCUGUGCCCUUGCUCUAGGAACACUGCUUAACCAGGGUUGAGGAAACAAAUUGAUCCGGUCGUAAACAUGGCAGUCAAACGCUGCUUGGAAUAUAGAGGCAUCUGCUGAAGAGAUUGUUGUUGUAAUCAAGUGAUGAGUGAAGAGCGACUGAACAGGAAUACCAUUUAGAGUUGGAGCCGUUUUAAAUAUGAUUGAGCUACCAAGGAUCAAUGACAGUGUUAAUAACAGUGCAAACCCUUCCCAACCGGUGUGACAGACCAUUAGCUUGGGGAGCCAACGCAAGUCUUUUAGGUUUUAGGCAAGGUUACUCGGCACACAGGCAUGGUUCGGAAUAACUGUUACACCGGCACGCCAGGCAAGCGAAAUAUUUUGAGCCACAUCUGCUAUCUCAUUAACACAUGGCUUGAAGGAGCUAGACACACCGCUGCGUCAAAUGAUUUCCCAAGGCCCACCUCUCACUGAGAGAUCUAACAAAGGGAAACAGGGGGGGCUUUGAUGAAACUGUCUGGAAUGGUUUCGACUCGCACCACUAUCAUAAGUAUUGUCUCUUCAUGUCCAUGCAUCAUUAUUGAAGUGUUCAAAUGAUUCAAUGUAAUUGUUACGUUUCUGAUUAACACAUUGACAGUGUAAAAAAAAAAAAGACACUAACUUUGUUUCUAUUCCAAUGCACAGAGCAGGUAAAUCUAUCCGGAGCAAGGAUAAGAGUCUUAAACUGUCUAUGUAUGUGUACUUGUCUGGAUCCCAAUUAGCGUUUGCAGAAGCAGCAGCUACUCUUCCUGGGGUCCACAAAACACGACAAGUAACAAAACACAUAGACAAGGACAGUCACACAUUUUAAUUACAAUGAUGAUAGACAAACAGUACAACAAAAAAUAAUACAAACAAUACAACUAAAAAGUUGUCUGUACUAUGCUUUACUCUACUUUCCUGUACAAAAAAACAGCAUCCAAGAUAUAAGAUUUCUCUACCUGCGUUGUGCAAGUGUAUAUUGUGUGCGUAGGGAAAUUUUAUCCAGCUGGAAACGAGAGCAGCAAUUAUUAGUUCCGUAGAAGCACUUCUUGAUCAAAUGCAAUGCCUUUGGCAACAGCAUUGAAAUCUUGAUACUGUGCCAAAUGUAAUUUGUGGGUGGAUAUGUUUCUUAUAGCAGGUAUUUUUAAGGUGCCAUAUGUUCCCUUCGGGGGGGGGGGGUGUUAUAGGAUAAAGAUGACCAACGUAUCUGUAUGGACCAUGGAGGACGCUUCUUUGCAUCUAUCCCAUUAUGGUGUCUGAGCACACGGGCGGCAUCAUUGAGGCCAUAUCCAUUUGAGUUGGUAUGCAAACUGCCACCUAUAGUGUGUUGUUUGAACAGAUAUAAAGCCAAGGUUGCCGAUUUUACAUCCACCUGCAUUUAUGGAAUGUUUGCUCACAAGUAUAAUUAAUUGGCUGAUUGCCUCCUGAUGACCUGGAUGGAAGUAUGUGAUCCUCCUUAACCACCUAGUUAACUACUUCAAAAUGAGGGCAUUUUUCAAUGGUGUUGCCCAUGCUAAAAUAGGCUUUUGGGAACUAGAGUCCUCUUAUCAUUCUCUGUGGUAAGGAUGGACACGCCAGGUGCAUUGUGUUUAACACAGAACUAACACAGAGAAAGUAGUUUUGGAGAUCACUGCUUAACUUGAUCCCUCCUCCAAUCGCUCUGUACUCUCUUCUUCUGUCACAAUUUUUUUUAGAACUACGUUUUUCCUUUUGAUUUGUCAUUGCAGGUUUCUUUAUUAAAUUUGAAUAGGUAUAAGUUGACUGUUUGUAUACAAUGAAAUUGUUAAUUUAUUGUUCUAUUUUUACCAUGUAAAUAAAAGCAUUGUACGUGU